AUUUGUUUAUUUUUAUUUUACAAUUAGUUCGGUGCAUUGACCUUGUCGGCUAAGUUUGGCAGUGAAAUUAUCAAGAAAACGGAUUUAUGGUGAAGUGUGUGAGAGAAAUGACGCAGGACAAUCUUCGUGUCACUGAAGAAAGGCCGUGGACAAAACGAGAAGACUCAAAAGGACCAAACCAGAAGCUUUUGAUGAGGCCACAUAGCCAUGAGUUCUCUGAUCCUGAUCUUGGAUGAAAGGAGAUCGUCUGCUGGAUAUCCCCUGCAAAGUUUGCGGCGACAGGAGUUCUGGCAAGCAUUACGGCAUCUACAGCUGCGACGGUUGCUCCGGCUUCUUCAAACGCAGCAUCCACCGCAACAGGGUGUACACGUGCAAGGCCCAGGGUGACCUGAAGGGCCGCUGUCCCAUCGACAAAACGCACCGGAACCAGUGCAGGGCGUGCAGACUCAAAAAGUGCUUCGACGCGCUCAUGAACAAGGAUGCGGUGCAACACGAGCGAGGUCCUCGCAAGCCCAAGAACAAGGGAGACCCGUCGGCCACAGGCACUUUGCUCUCGCCCAUUCCCGAGUCCAACUCGAAGAUGCCGACGCUCAUGUUCCCGUCGCAUCCGCCACCCCCGCCGCCGCCGGUGUCCCUCGGUGGCCACUUGACCUCGCUGCAGCCGCCGUCUAAGCCGGAGGCCACGCUCUCAAUGCCCAGUCCUGAGACAGGGUACGCUGGGGCGGCCACUCCCAUUUUCAUGCCGCAACCACCUGGGCUGCUACAGAUUUUGGUCUCGGCUGAAAAAUGCCAGGAGUACAUUUGGAGCGCCAAAGGGGUGCCGCCGUCCGACUCGGAACGGAUGAGUCUUCUGCACCCGAGUCCCCUGCCGCUGCCCUUGACGCCCACGUGGGAAGUUUUGCAGGAAACCACGGCCAGGCUUCUUUUCAUGGCUGUCCGAUGGGUGCGUUGUUUGGCGCCCUUCCAGACUCUUUCAAAAAGAGACCAGCUCCUUCUAUUGCAAGAGUCUUGGAAAGAACUUUUCCUCUUGCACUUGGCGCAGUGGUCGAUACCGUGGGACCUCUCAGCUUUGCUAAACUGCAGCAAAGCGAGAGAGCGCAUUCCCAACGACGAGUUGACAAACAUAGAACUUAACACUAUUCAGGAAAUCUUAGGGCGAUUUCGUCAACUUUCUCCGGAUGGCAGCGAGUGCGGCUGCAUGAAAGCUGUUAUCCUUUUCACUCCUGAAACUCCUGGCUUGUGUGACGUGCGGCCUGUUGAGAUGCUGCAGGACCAGGCGCAGUGCAUCUUAGGCGACUACGUUCGUGGCCGCUACCCCCGUCAGCCGACCCGUUUCGGCCGCCUGCUCCUUUUGCUGCCCAGUUUGAGAGCAGUUCGGGCAGCGACCAUUGAGCAGCUUUUUUUCCGUGAUACCAUUGGCGAGAUUCCCAUUCAGCGCCUGCUCGGCGACAUGUACCACAUGGAAAAAUACUCAUGAAGUGGUCCACAAUUUAUACCAAAGAUAAAUUUCACCAAUAAUAAUUAGAAGAAGAAAAAUGUUGAAAAUCAAUCUGAUGACAAACUGUUCAGCAACUUCUCUAUUGUAUACGAACUCUAAUCAUCUUGUUGUUGAAACUUGAAAAAAAAGGAAAAAUGUAAAAUAAUAGUCACUAUUAUGAUCUCAUUUGCAUUAUUAAUUUUAGUUAUUGUGUAAGAUUUUAGAAUAAAUGUUGAUAAAUGUAUAUCAUAUUAAAUGUGCUACCAUUUACAACAAAACGCGAUCUCUGCAAAUUUUUUGAAUAUGAACUCUUAAACUACACUGAAUGGAUACUUAUUGUGAUGGGAUUACAUGGAAAUACAAUAAAACCAAUAAACUGAU